CAAUAUAUUUCUGAUAGAUUGAAAUUCUUAUUCUCUAUUUUCUGUUCCCUGUUCCUUUUAUUAUGCGGAGCUUAUGAUAGGCCCGUAUUCAGAACGCGCUUUUAUCUCUGAAAUUCUAUAAUAUGCAUAAAUAAUAAAUUAAGCAGCAUUAAGUAAAUUAUAGCAUGAUACGCCACCAUUGUUGUAAGCGUUCUGAAUACGGGCCAUGUAAUAUAUUUGUCUUUCUGUUAUAAAUUUUAUUAAAAUUACUACCUUGCAUACAAAAGUUGACUCAAAUCGGCACAUGUCGCAAUUCUUAGAGGAUUGAAGGAUUUUUAUGGUAAACCAAGUCCUUCGUUCACGCGAGUGACGGCAAAAAUUGUAUGAUAAAAGCCGAGGAAUUCUUCAGAGUGAGACAAUUUGAGGCUCUAAGCGAGUUUCAAUGACAGCGUCUGUACGUUUGUAAUCUAACAGCGUUGUUUACAUUGAAAUUUUAGGUUAUGUUUGUACCUGUACAAACGGUACUUUCUUAUAUUACGUUGAAAUCAAGAAAAGCGAAAAUGAUGUGAUAAUAAUGUCGUAGGUGAAACAUAUGGAUGCUUUAUGUAUCUGGAUGAUUGACAUAUUAUGCGAUAAUCCUCGAUACGUGAUGAUUCGCUAAUAAUUUCCCUCUGUUCGAGGCUGAUAAUAAGGCAAAGCAUCCCCACACGUGUACUUUCAAUGGAUGUUUUACUUGAACAAUGGGAUCAUGACAAGUCGACUAUGCAUACCUUCUGGGAAUCCAGGCCCAAAAGAAUGAUUCAUUGAAUUUUUUUAUUUCGGAAAUAUGACACGCUCACAUGUAAAAUACCAAAUUGCUAGAGAUGAUGUUGAUACAUCCGAGUAUUUACCACAAAAUAUUCCAGAUUUUCAAAAUGUGACGAAGACAGAACCCACGUUUUGGAGAAAAGCGUUCCACGUAUUUUUAUUGAUAUCUGCUUACUUUAUUUUAUCAAUAGGCCUUACAUUUUAUAAUCCAUGGCUUUAUAAUGCAUAUGGUUUUAAUUUUCCACUUGGUGUGGUCGUUUGCCAUUUGGUUAUAAAGUUUGCACUAUCCGCAUUAAUAAGAACUAUUAGAAGAUGUUAUAAUAGUAAACGAAUAAAUCUUCCAUGGCAAAAUAUAAUUUAUUCAAUAAUGGUACCUGGUAUAGCUAGUGGUGUCGAUAUUGGUUUAUCAAAUUGGGCACUUUCAUUAAUAUCAAUAUCUUUAGUCACUAUGACUAAGUCAACUACUAUUAUAUUUAUUCUUGGGUUUUCUCUUCUAUUCAAAUUAGAGAAAAAGUCAUGGUCUUUAGUAGGGAUAGUGGCGAUGAUAGCAGGAGGAUUAGCGAUGUUCACUUAUAAAUCUACUCAAUUUGGUAUUCUUGGAUUUAUAUUGUGUCUCUUAGCAUCGUUUGCGAGUGGUAUUCGAUGGACUAUGACGCAACUGAUUAUGCAAAGAUCGAAACUCGGCCUCCAUGAUCCGAUAGACAUGAUGUAUUACAUGCAACCUUGGAUGCUGUUACCAGCAAUAUCAGUGACUUUAUGGUUUGAAGGUGGCAAAAUAUACGAUAGUAUUAGAAUCACCGAUUGGGGCAACAUCAGUAAUAUUUUAUUGACUACAGCUGCUGUAGUAACAGGUGCCAUUUUAGCAUUUAGUAUGGAAGUGAUGGAAUUCUUAGUUGUUACUUAUACUUCUAGUCUGACAUUGUCGAUCUCGGGAAUAUGUAAGGAAAUAUGUACAUUGGCACUGGCCUUUGUAUUGAAAGGUGACCAACUGACUGGCCUUAACUUUGUAGGAUUGUUAAUGUGCCUUGGUGGUAUAAUACUUCAUAUUGUUCAGAAAAUAUUACUUAACAGAAAGAAAGCAAUUGAUAAUAUGGAAUUGCAAUCAAAAGUGGCAAGCAACAAUGUUAAACGCGAAGAGGAAACCGAUUCGAACGUGCCAUUAUUGACGGAAAAAUCGACUUCUUUAAUUAAUCUUCUCAAUGCUGAAUUUAGCUCGGAUGAAGAUGGUGAUGUGAGAGAAAGUGAUAACUCGACCCAAAUAUUGUCAGAUAUUUUGCAACGUAGAGAACAGUGA